CACGUAUAAAGCCAGGUACCAUCUCUCCUACGAUCAGACUCAUCAACACCAUUGACUUACAUCCUUUUCACACUCCUAUAAUUUAUCGAAACCCCACCAUGGGUUCGUUUCCUGCAGAACGCCAGGUCAUCCUUAUUACAGGUGCCAAUAGUGGAAUUGGCUUUGACACCGCAAAGUUGCUUGCUUCCGUAUCUUCCAAAAACCACGUCCUCAUCGGAUCGCGCAACGCGACAAAAGGCAAAACCGCUCUUCAGCAGAUCCAGGACAGAAACCCCAAGGGUACAGCUAGUCUUGUCCAACUUGACGCAGAUGACGACACAUCAAUCCAUACCGCAGUGCAUCAUGUAGAACAAGAGUUCGGCCGACUAGAUGUUCUUAUCAACAACGCUGGAAUAAGCAAGGAAGCGUACGAAAGCCAAUGGCCUUCGCGCGAAAAUCUACGCGCUCAGUUUGAAACCAAUGUUUUCGGCCCCACCAUCCUGAGUGCAGCUCUGAUCCCUCUUUUGAGACGAUCCAAGGAUCCCAAGAUCAUCAACGUCUCUUCCAGUGUCGGUAGCAUAUCUCUGUGCGCCUCUGGGCAAAACGGCAUUCGCGUACCUGGAUACCGUAUGACCAAGUCUGCACUCAACAUGCUCACUGCGUAUCAGUACCAGGAGAUGAAGGAUGAAGGCUUCAAGGUCUGGAGCUACUGCCCUGGAUUCGUCGCAACAAAUAUCAGUGGGGACCAAGAGUGGAGAAAGACCAUGGAAGGAUGUGACAGCUCAGAGACGAGCGCGCAGGGGAUCUUGGAAAUCCUUGAGGGACAGCGAGAUAGUGAGGUUGGCCAGUUCCUUCAAAGAUAUGGGAAGCGUUAUGACUGGUAGCAUUCGGGCUUCUCAUGAAAGCUGAACACUUGUUUGGUUAGCUUUUGCCACAUAAAGACAUUCAUUUGUUUGUCUUGAAGGCCUCCAUCAGUCAUGUAAUUGAUACUGACCAGGCAGCUGUCUAUGUCGGGAUUACGAGAACAAUAAUAGGCGCGAUGUGUCAUUAUUCGUUGGUAAUGUUCACAAUAAACAGAACCUAAAGGGUUGCCUCGACAUGUCAGACCACGGUGUAGCAGUAACAAAUAUUCUAUGUAGAUUCAAGACUUCACAGAAGCUAGGUGAUAAUGAAAAGUGAC